AUGCUCACAGCGAUCAGCAAGUUGUUUGUAGUGAAAGCAGUCACGACCAAUGUCGCUGGUAUUGCACUCACUCACGACGAAGCCAUCCAGCUCUCUCAAACAUGCUCCGUUCUCAAGCUCGCACUAGAUAGCCAACUUCACGCAAUCCAUGAACUCCCUGCAGUGCCGUUUCCACAAAUCACAUCCCAAAUCCGGCACAUUCAAUUGAAGCAUCUCGACACACAGACACAACUCUCUUCCGUUAUUCUCAAAACCCAGAACUCAACCCAACCAUGGACCCACGAAUUCGCCGACGCCCAGAAAGCCCUUGAAAACAAGAUCGUGUCCAUCAACCGAUGCUCGCGCAAAGUGGGUCUGGUAGCCACAGCGCUGCAGUCCUGGCCUGUUGUUGCAGAAACGUGUGUAUGGCUCUUGCCUAUAGUCGUCCGGCUGCAAAGUGAGUUGGAUAUGGCGUUGGAGCGAAAAGAAACAUGGUCGGCAGAUAUCCGCCUGCAGGCUCCUGGUGGAUCAGGAUUGUCGACGGACCGGAAGCAACAGGAGCCAACAGCAAUCUAUACGGAUGGUCCCCGUGUGUCAUUUGGAACGGAGGUGACCGUGCGAGAGUAUCGGACUGCAGAAGCGGCCAGUGGGGGAGGAGGAGGAGAAGAAGAAGAAGAAGAAGAAGAAACAUAA